UUACUAAGAACGCAGAAGAUGGCGAUCGUUAAGACGUAGAUGUCGGUCAGUGCAAGUUCUUCUGAUGCGUAAAUUAUGGGCCCCCUCCAAUUGCAUACACCAAUAUGUUUUCCAUGAACCCUUUUGGAUUCUUAAUAAUGUAACUGCUGAAUAAUCCAUGAAUCAGUAGUCUACUGCUUCUGGUUAAGAAAGGUAGAAAGGAUUGAAUCCAGUCUCAGAGCUGUUUCCUCCUGAUCAAAUAGUUAAAAAUGAGAGUUCCCGUCACUCUUCGUGGAUUGUUUUUCAAAGAUCCAUUCUUCCACUUGAACUGGGACAAAUGCGACAAGCUGAAAGAGCACGUUCUACAAGUAUCCGAGGAGAUUCGGAGAAAGGAUGAACAUGCUCUACAACAAAUGAAAACUGAAGCUGAGAAAGAGAAAGGGAUAAAAAUGGACGAAACUUUGGUAUUUCCAAAACACUGGAUGGUUUCCUUGAAACUGGGGUUGACCGGGGAUCUCGACCUCUUCCCAGAGGACGGAGAUGAGGAGCUCAUCAUGUAUCAUUGCGACAAGAACAGUCUCAUGUUGUGUCUCGACGUUCAUCAUUUCAGACCGGACGAGAUUAAGAUCGUCGAGGAGAACGGAAUGAUUGUUAUAUCAGCAUUUCAAAACCAACAUUGGUUAUCAGGGACUAGGACGAUAUCUAGACAGUUCCGGAGAACCUUCGCUCUGCCGGAAGGAACUACUAGAGAUGAUGUAUGUGCUAAUCUCUCCUCGGAUGGAAUUCUGUUCAUGUCUAUUCAGAAACUAACCCUGGAUCAGAUCCUAGCGGAGAAGGAAUGUUUAACUGUGGAUUAUUUGUAGAAAAUAAACGUAAACAUAUAUUA